GGCAGCUGCAGAGACCUCUCCAAGUUUGUCCGGACCUUCUUCGGAGGCAGUGGCGCCUACAGCUAGGGAGGCCCGGACUGCUCUCAGGCCGGGGGCGGGGGCUGGGGCUGGGGCUGGGCCCCGGGCGGAGGAGCCGGAGCCUCGGUUCUCCCGCUCUCGCUGCAGCCUCUGCCCCCAGGGCGUCCGAGGCCCGGCUUUGCGCUGCUCUUCGCGCAGCGCACCCACCGAGCCCUCCGCUCCUGGGCCCAUGUACUGGAAGCAUGAGAGCGCCGCUCCGGCGCUGCCUGAGGGCUGCCGAUUGCCGGCGGAGGGUGGCCCCGCCACUGACCAGGUGAUGGCCCAGCCAGGGUCCGGCUGCAAAGCGACCACCCGCUGUCUUGAAGGGACUGCGCCGCCUGCCAUGGCUCAGUCUGACGCCGAGGCCCUGGCAGGCGCUCUGGACAAGGACGAAGGUCGAGCCUCCCCUUGUACUCCCAGUACACCGUCUGUCUGCUCGCCGCCGUCUGCUGCCUCUUCGGUGCCGUCUGCAGGCAAGAAUAUCUGUUCCAGUUGCGGUCUCGAGAUCCUGGACCGGUAUCUGCUCAAGGUCAACAACCUCAUCUGGCACGUGCGGUGCCUCGAGUGCUCCGUUUGUCGCACAUCGCUGAGGCAGCAGAAUAGCUGUUACAUCAAGAACAAGGAGAUCUACUGCAAGAUGGACUACUUCAGCCGAUUUGGAACCAAGUGCGCCCGGUGCGGCAGACAAAUCUACGCCAGUGACUGGGUGCGGCGGGCGCGCGGCAAUGCCUACCACCUAGCCUGCUUCGCCUGUUUCUCCUGCAAGCGCCAGCUGUCCACCGGUGAGGAAUUCGGCCUGGUUGAGGAGAAGGUGCUGUGCCGCAUCCACUACGACACCAUGAUCGAGAACCUCAAGAGGGCCGCCGAGAACGGGAACGGUCUCACGUUGGAGGGGGCAGUGCCCUCGGAACAGGACAGUCAGCCCAAACCGGCCAAGCGUGCGAGGACGUCCUUCACAGCAGAGCAGUUGCAGGUUAUGCAGGCACAGUUCGCGCAGGACAACAAUCCCGAUGCGCAGACGCUGCAGAAGCUAGCGGACAUGACCGGCCUCAGCCGUAGAGUCAUCCAGGUGUGGUUUCAAAACUGCCGAGCUCGUCAUAAAAAGCAUACACCGCAGCACCCAGUCCCGCCCUCGGGGGCGCCCCCGUCCCGCCUUCCCUCCGCCCUGUCCGACGACAUCCACUACUCUCCGUUCAGCAGCCCAGAGCGGGCGCGAAUGGUCACCCUGCACGGCUACAUCGAGAGUCAGGUACAGUGCGGGCAGGUGCACUGCCGACUGCCUUACACCGCGCCCCCUGUCCACCUCAAAGCCGAUAUGGAUGGGCCGCUCUCCAACCGGGGUGAGAAGGUCAUCCUUUUUCAGUACUGACGCUGCCGGCACUUGCACAUCUGUCCAUGGGCACCGCACAGCUGCCCCUCAGCCGCUGAGAUUCAGCAUCCAGCUGUGGCCAGGGAUCCACCACCUCUGCAUACACCCUCACCCGCUGCCAUCCUACUUUCUGCCAGUGGCCCCCUCGACCCAGGCCCGGUCUUUCCCUCUCCUGCUGAAAGCCAGAGCCCACCAGGAGCAGCAAAGUCCAUCUCUGGGAAGGCAGGCUCCCUGAAAUGUGACAUCGGGCGUGAAAGCAAGCAGCCUGUCUUUCCUCAUCAAAUGGGAGUCAUCCUUAACGUCAGCCGAUCACAGCAGCAAUGGCUAACUCAAUCCAACUCACCAACAGCCUCCUACUGCACAGGUUUUCUUCUCCCCCCACAUUGGCCUUUAUUUGCUACUUCCUUGGAACCAUCUCCGAAUUCUGAAUAGUCAACAACCCCCAACGUUAUAUACUCUGUUGCUUUUGUCUGGAAAACUCUACAGUGUUUGUGGGAUGUCCCCAAAGGAAAGCUGUGUUCUGACUUUAUCAUUUCCAUCUGUCUGGUUAUGUCAAGUUAACUCAGAAAAAGAAGAGACACUGACCAACCCUGAGAGGCCUGACAGGGCAGAGAUGGAGUCCUGCCCAGAUGAAGAGGCAGACAGACAGGCAGGGAUGGGUGCCAAAGACCCCCCGUUGGCUUGGAGGAGAGGGACUGGGUAUGCUGGACUUGGAGAGGUGAUGACCGUUUCAUGGAGAGAAAAGAGGAAACUUGGGGGGGGAGGGGCUCCCCCACCUAAUUACCCAGCAGGAGCCAUGGCAAGGAUGGCAUCUGAUCUGCAUGGUGACACCGCUGAAUGUUUGGGUGGGCUAGCAUUUGGGACCCUUGUUGGCUACUUUUCAGUCCUGAGAGGAGGGCCUGAGCCAGUCUUUCUCUGGGGGUGGGGUGGGACUGCUCACGAGGACCAAAAGGAACAGAGCCCAGUGAAAUGGCAGCCAGCAUAUUAGUUCUGACUCGUCCCCAAAGGAAGAGAGGUGCCCAUGGCUGAUUCCAGCUGGCACCUCUGCAAUUUCCCCACCAACUCUGCACAGACCCAGCUCCACCCAUUCCUGAGAGCAGAGGCCAACUCCAAAUAAAGGUCUCAGGUUACACAGGUCCCAGACUUAUGCUUUCAGGGGAUGCCCAUUUGUUCCAGGCUUAUCCUGUAAUUCUAGAACUACUUGGUGGCCAGAUGCUCUUCUCAGUAGAGGCUGCCUAGCAGCAUGUUUUAGCCAAAGUCCUCCUCCUUGAUUUGAGAAGACUCCAGGACAGGGCAGGCAAGUUCAUAGAAUGUAUGGAGUUGCUGUCCCUGCUUCACCCAUGGCAGACAUCACUAAUCGAUCACAGCACUCUGUCACAUCGGAGCCUGGAUAAGGUUUCAGAAUUCCCAUGCUUGAAGUUGGCACUUAUGAGAACCACUGUUCUAUUUGUUAUGGGACCUGGAGGAGGGUUAGGUAUGGUUGAUGACCCAGAAGGGAACUUGCAUCUUUUCCCUUCCAAAAAUUGUCAACUGACUGAGGACAAAUGAAAGCACCUUCCAGAAUGCUGUGAGUGUAAUUCAGUUAAGAACUCUAAUACCCUGUGCCAGGCACUGACUCAAGUAGGAGGAACAUGGCCUGAUUCCUGGCUUUGGGGAACCCAGAUCUUUCCUUUGAUUUUUGCUCCUAAUGAUCAAAACCCCAACGGCAACCAUGUGGGAAGUGGCCAGCUGAGCCUGGGUCACAGAGCACCCACUCUGCCUUGAGCCUUCCUCCAGGGCCUGUUUCUUGUGUGGAUCACGUGGCAGUAGCAUGUUGCAGUUCAAACGUCUCCACUACCCUGUCAGAACAGCCUGGGAAUGUACAGGCCAUCAAGGCUAUUUAUUUAAACAGACACACACACACACACACACU